AGUGGAGUAGAAGCACGCAAACGACAAAAUAGGCGAGCCGAGCGUUUGCGUCGGCUGGGUGGCGCUUGCCUUGUUUCCGUUUGCGCUGCUACGGAGAUUUCGCUUCGCCCAUUACAAUCGGGGGAAGAAAGCAAGGCGAAAGCAGAGCAAUCAUGGCUAGCGGCGACGACACAUGAAUGAAACCUUGCAACGGAGAACUGACUGUAUGACGGAAACACGGUGGGACGACGUGCUUGCCGAAACCUCAGCUGGGAGCGCACUUCAUCGGUCACUGAGCUGCUGUGUUUUUCACUUCGCAAGCUGUGUUCGUGCAGUGUGGGUACGACGCAGAUUGUGCGCGCGUUUGCGUGGCUUUCAGUGCGAUAUCGGAUCAUUUGCAUACAUUCCGGCGUAGUCCGUGCGGUCAAGUGGUUCGAGUGUAAUCUUUUCGUUGAAGCCACCGAGGAAUGGAUGUUUGGCCCCAGAACUUUGCUACCGUAGGUCGUAGGAACGCUUGGCUCGAGGCAAUGCUGGAAUACGUGUUUAAGAGGUCCGUGUCAUCAGAUGCGCAAGACAAAGCCACACUAAAAUUGGAGGACCUGGAUGACUUCAUUGACUUUGAGCUCGAGAAUUUGUCCAAAGGACAGGUUGCCGAGAGCGACUAUGGCCGGCUUGGUCCUAAUCACGUCACAUUUGACAUCUGCUCCAAUGUUGGGACGUUCAUUUUCAACCAGGACAGGCUUGGGGUGUCAAGUCAAAGUAACUUCAAUACGAUACGGGCUACUUGCUGUGUUUUUAAAGGCAAGUGGCAGUACGAGCUGAUGCUUGGCUCCAAGGGGGUUAUGCAAGUCGGUUGGGUCACUAACAGCUGCAAGUUUUCUCAAGAGAAAGGAGUUGGCGACACUAUAGACUCCUAUGCCUUUGACGGGAACAGGGUGCGCAAAUGGAAUGUCGCCACAUACAAGUACGGAGAGGCCUGGGUGGCUGGGGAUGUCAUAGGCUGUUGUAUUGAUCUUGACAAAGGCACAGUGCACUUUUACAGGAAUGGUCGGUCCAUGGGUGAAGCAUUUGGCAACGUUCGAUUGGGGCCCGGCCUGGCCUAUUUCCCCGCUGUCAGCCUCGCGUUUGGCGAGAACCUGGUGGCCAACUUUGGCGCCACGCCAUUGCGCCAUCCCGUUGAGGGUUACCGGCCACUUGAGAAGACAUCGCUUCGUGACGCUGAACGUGCCCGUCUCUUGUUGCUUUGGACAAAGCGGCUACUGCCCGUGUAUGAAGAAGUGCACAAGGGUGCAUCCCAGUCAGCCUACCUCACUGAUGGCCUGGACGUGUUUCGGCAAGGCACAAAAGCGCAGGCCCUUCUCAUUGCUGCGCCCGUGCUCCGGCGUCUCGGCCCGCUGCUGGCAUCUAGUCACGUGACAGAGGUCUCGUUCCUCCCGUUCCUGUUCCAAGUCUUCGAAGAGAGCCCGGACGGGAGGCGGAUCUCGACACUACUCGAGCUGUUCUGGGCACUGCUGGAACCUCAGGAGAUCAAGAAGUGCUUGGAGAAUGUGGCCGUUGCGUUGCUGACCGGAUUCCGCUUCUCCCCAUGCACUCCCGACUUCCUCCAUCAGAAGCGCCACCUGUGCCUCAUGCUGAGUGUUUUGCAGCAUGACUCAUCGCGUCGUUACCUCCUAGAGAGUAUUUUAUUCGACAAGAUCAAGUUUGCCAUGUUCAUGGAGGUCAAACCUCCGGACAACGAAACCCUGGCUACGCUUAUACCUGAUGUGUGGUUCGAGCUUAUGGAGGAGGUACAUCCUACAGAGGAGACCUACAGAAAAAAUUUGUACGCAGCUGCCAAGCAAAGGCUGAAGGUUAUGACUGCAGACAUUGAGAACAUCCAGCUUAGGAUAUUGGAGCAACUGACUGUGGACAAUGACGCACCACAGGGUCAGACCAGCCGUGAUCUGUUUCUUGCAAAGUUUGAGGCCUUCGUCAAGGAAAAUACUCCAGGAAGCAGGACCUUGACCCUCGACUUGUGUCCCAACGCGGUCGCCCUGGCUUUCUUCCACCGACUUUUGGCCCUAGUCCGUCGGUGCCUUCCCGUCUUCUACACCGGCAGUGGUCAGCUGCUUCAAGAACACAAUUUGUACAUUCCGGCUGCCUUAUUUAUGACUACAAUUGGAAUGAGCCCCGAAGUUUCCCACGUUGGCGACACACCGGAACAGAGGAUUGUGGCGUCGGAAAUACCGACCUUGGCGUCCAAUCGAACAGCGAGGUCGAUGCAGCAGAAUGCUGGUGGCAACACGGUUCGCGCAGAAACUGAAACGCUGGCAACAGCCCACGAAGCCAAAGAGGAAGACAAGAGCAUCAAGAUUCUGCAACUUCUUGAUGGAAUCGUGCGGUUAUACUGCCUCUGUGGGCAUGCUCAGUUUGUCAAGAUGAAUGCCGUGAAGGACAACAUGCGGGACUACCUCAGGGCUGUGCAGGAGGUCAGAAGGAACAGUGCUUGGGGCGAAAGAGACGUGGCCGAGGCACUGAGCAAGGUGGAACAAGUCUUCGGCGAAACGCUCAGCGAACAGGCUCGUCACGUUGCCUGGCUGUCGGUGGUGGUUUUCUCCAAGGAGAAGCAGAACGACAUUUACUGGCUACUGAGCAUUGUGUUAAAAACGCUGGAGGAAGCGUCCUCCGCGGGCGUGGAGUUUUGCUUCGUGCCGGAGUAUCACGUCGAAGCGUGCAUGAAGCUGUUGACGACUCUGAGUGUCCACUUCCUGCCAACGUGCCUUUUGAGCGAUAUCCCAGGCCACUACCACGUCUUAGUGAGGUAUAGUACGUUCCUUGCGGAGCACUUUGCCGAUCGCCGUGUUGUCAACCCAGAUGUGAAGGAUGCCCUGCUACGAGCCUUGGCUGCACACGUCUGUCCUCCAUCGACUGUCCGGGCCCUGGAGUGCAUGCCGACUAAGAGCUCUCUAGCGCUUAUCCAAGCCUUGCUACAGCCUUACAAGAACCGGCCGUGGGCCCAGACAAACUGGAUACUCAUGAGGCUGUGGAAGGGCUGUGGAUAUGCCUUUCGUUACACCGUGGCACCACAUCUGGUCGAGAGAAUGGCUUCCAGGCCCGUGGAAUCAACUUUACCCAAUCAUCCUGCGCCCUGUCCGAGCGUGUUUUUCCAGAACCACAUUGGCCGCUGGCUGGAGGACCACCCGGAACCAGCGUCAGCUUUCCUGGGCAGCGUCCUGACGCAGCUUAAUUGGUCCUUCUCCCAGUUCAUAAGCAUGCUUCAGGAGAUCCAGAAUGCUCAGAGCAGGCCCGAGCGGGUGUUCAUCAACUCGCAACAGCUGAAGAUCUGUGCCACCUGCUUUGACCUGUCGCUAGGCCUGCUCCGUGUCCUCGAGAUGAUCGUGAAUGUUACACCGAGCCUCGUCACCAACCCUACAAAGCCUCACUCUGAGCUUCUGCUGGCCCGCAUCUUUCAAGUGCUGAGCCACAUCCUGAACCGGGUGACGUCCCGGUGUGGCUGCUUCGACUUGGUGGUCGGCAUGGACGUGGCGGGUCUGGAGGCCAUCGACCACUUUCCCAUAGUCGCUGCUGUGACAGGCAUCCUAGUCGCGCUUUUGCUCAAGGGAACCGUGGAGAGUCGUGAAACGGCCUUGUUGGGUCUGCUAGCCGAACCAUGCUUCCAGCUGUCGUCGCUCGAGUUCCUACUGGGUGGUGGACCCACGUCGCUGGUGAUCCAAGAGGGCGCUUCGGAAGAAGCCGACACUGCCAAUGACUCGCCAGUUUUCUCGCUUGCUAACUACUCUGAGGUGAAGGAGGAAGAGGUGGAGCAGGCACGGCAGCUGGUGCAGUUGGUGCAGAGCCGGCAGCCGCCGCCCGUCACCUUCGACGAGGAUCACAUCUGCACCAUUUGCUACGCGCAGGGCAACUCGGUGCGCUUUGUCCCCUGCGGGCACCAGUCUUGCCACGUCUGCAUCCUGACUCACCUCGCCAACAGCAAGGAGUGUUUCUUCUGCAAAGCCGUCGUGGAAAAGCUGGACCCUUGCAGGACGAUACCCCCCCAGUGAAACCACCAGCCUCUAUACCGACACGUCACAGUUGUGGCUUUUGUCGUUGGAUACGAUUGCGUUAUAUAGCGUUGUUUGCAUUGAGCUGUACAGUAGAAGAUGUUUGUUGUAAAGAUUGUUUUAUUUAAACAUUGAAGUGGAUCAGUGUAAGGCUUACGUGAAGUCACAUGCUGUUCUUGCUUUGUGCCGUGUCUCCUCGCGCUUGGCAACGUGUGAAAGUUAUGGACAUGGUGAGGUAACAGGUCUGCGAAAACUCAGUGCUUUCUGUUUUUAUUGUGGCUAGGUAGUUAUUGUACAUUCUCCUGGUUCAUGGACUGCAAUGGCUAUGGCCUCAGGUUAGUUCGAAGCCAGAAUCGUAGCCAGCCUCCAAAUCAGUGCUGAAGCCAAACGUACAGCCGCUUGCCAGAACAGUCAACGAUCGAAAGUGGAAACAAGUCAGCCCUGCCUCUGCUGCAAAAAGAAAUAUGGGGCACGAACAAACAUAAAAUUAACUUCACACCACAAAUGUUGUGGUAGCUACUUGGCCAGAACUGCACCGAAUCUCAUUCGCACUCUCAGGACAAAGGUGAGGGCACUUCUGAGUGCUCUAAGCUGGAGCGCUGCAUUCUUGUAGGCAAGUGUGUUCUGCGAGCCAAAUGUAAAGCAUGCCACAAGAACACUUGAAAGUGAACAACUGAAUGUCCUGCAAGUUGCCUUUGCCUGACAGUUGCCUUGUCUGGCAUCAUUGUCCUGUCGUGCAUCUUCUCGCACCUAACAGUCCUAAUUGCUUAAUCUUUGUCCGACAUUAUUUUUUCACAAUGUUCACCUUAGAUCACUGCAAGUGUUUCAAUGAGACUACUGUGGCCAGCUCUCACGUGACCCUUCCCACUGUAACAUUUUAUGUGUGGCACCGAGCAGAAGCAGAAGGCACUGACUGCUUAUGAUAUCUGAUGAUGCCUUCUGCUCAGCAAUGUGAUAAGAGCAGACGACAACUUCUGCUCCUGCCUGGUGUAAACAAUGAAAAUGUUCCGUGGGACCUCUCACGUAAGUCGGCCACAUUCCUGUUAGCUAGUUUGUUGAGCAUUACUGUAGCAUUUAUCAGAUCUUAUGUAGCCAGGCACCAGCAUUUCUUAUAAAUAGCUUCCAGGUGCACUUUACAAUGAUGAUCUAAGUUUUAAGAGUAGAAAGAAAUACUGAACCAGCACACGAAAUGUAUUCAGCUUACUCAUAUUUACACCUCCCAAUCAUCAAAUUGAAGAACAAAUGGUGAAAAAUUUUUAAUGCAGAGAAAAGAAUGGUUAUGGGCUCUCUUGCUAGAGAAGUGCUUUCAGUUAAGAGUUCUUGAUAUGGCAGAAAUUCUUAGCUCGCAAAUUCUAGCAUUUAAGAAAAGGAAUCUUUGUGAAAUCCAUUGAAACAUGGAUGAUGUUCUCGCCUCUUUGGUGAAAAAUCUCCUCAUGGCAUUCCCCCGAGUUACGAUGAAACAGAGUAUUGAUUUUUUUGCAAGCCCAUCAUUGACGUCAUAUGCACGGUUCAGUACUUUUCCAGCUUGGCAGGAUUUUGCUGCUUAAGAAUGGCAAAGUGCAGUGCGUGCCGCCGCAUGCUGCUUAUGCGAAACACUGCUGGGAAAAGACACGGCACACAUGAUGCUUGCAGACACGAAUGGCGAAUGAGGAGCACAAGUAGAUGGGCAGCAGCAUUUCAAAAUAUUUUGCCAUCCCUGGCAAAGUCAAAUUAUCACGCCUCUCUCCACUUUGGCACCAAAUUUAGGUGUACCACAUCGAAAUAUUUUAAUGUCACUUUAUGAGGCAUUAGUAAUUGACUAACUGUAAUACAAAAGUUUAGCACACAGGUAUCUGUGUAUCGAUUUAUUGUUCUGUGGUCACCCAUAAAAAAAAAGGAGUGCAUAGAAAUGCGAAACAAAAUUACAUUGGCAUCAAACGUUGCGUCUAGUGUUGUCUGUGACUUGCUGGUGAAGUGGGGUGAGGGGUGAUGAGGUGCACUGCACCGUUCCCAAAGUGCUGCCCCAGGCUGCUGCCCGUUUCGCCUACAGGGUGAAAGGUUCUGUAGUUGGGACACCAAAGGACACACAACCAUUCACCGGCGGUCAUGAUGAACGAGCUCAUAAAACAGAAAUUAUUGUUGCUUACAGACCAUCGUGGUUUGAAACAGCGGUUGCCGCUUCUCAAGAGAAAAAAAAAAAAGGGCUUCGACUGUUAAUGUAAACACUUUUUUGAAUGCCAUGGAACAUCAGCUGCCAUAUUUGUGUGGCACUGCAACGCCCAUGCAACUUCGCUGUUUUCAGUUUCAAAACAGUAUAAGUCGGGCAGAGUGGUUAUGAAGCUUUCGGAGGCAACGCUUUGGGCAAAAGUGAGCGAGAGACACUGAAGAGCAACAGAAAAUUAGUUUAGCCUAGUGAGACAUUCUUUCGAGACCCAGUCUUCGUUUAUUUGUUGUGAAAUGGCUACUUAUUAGCGGGGAAUGUGAAGGGCAGCUUUUCUUUCUGAAUUUCGUGCCCACAUCACAGUGUCGCUAUGUUAGUGCAACGUCACAUAUUUCCAAGCAUUUUGUCAAGCUUGGCCAUUAUUGUUCAAAGAAGAAAAUAUUAUUGAGACUCGCUGGAUUGAACCUCUGGUUUGUUUGGAAUGCAAUCCAAUCCUCGUUUACUAUUAAUUUACUAAUCCAUUUUAUCUCAGUAUUCCUCUGUAGUGUCCCUGUAAGUUAAAUUGAUAAGUCAGGCUUUUAAAACGAUUGUGCCACUUUCAUCAAGAACAGCGCUUCAGUAAGCGAGAAAGUGAGAAGUAAAGGUUUAAACAGGCGGAACCUGCUCCCACAGGCUUUUUUGAUCAUCCCAACAACAGGCGAAGAUUAGUAAAUGAUUGCUGCUUAAAAGCAAAUUACAUAGCAUGUAAAUGCAAGAGGAAGUGCAGCAUGGCCACUUGUAUUAGAUUUUCCUGCACGUGAAUUUAUAGAUACCUGCUUCCCAAAUACUGCUCCAUUGGUACUACUAGCAGGCACAUGGUGCCCCUAUGUUCAGCCCUCUGACUCGCCAAGGGAAGAAUAGCAUCUUAGAUUGUAUAUAGAGCACAGGGUUUUCCGUUACAUAGACGACAGACCCUGUAGCAAACCCGAGCUUCUCUUUUUGCAGGAGAUUUAAAUCAAGGAAGACGUGCGCUGUCCUCAGGGUCGACUCUUUGUGUGUUGGCGCACAGAAAAUGCUGGGAAAUUUUUCAGGAGCGUAAUCUAUAGCUCCAGCUAGACAGAUGUUCACCUGUCCCUUCCUUUAGUAGUCCAUUACGACGGCACCCAUUUAGCAUUGUGGCUGAGCAAACUUUAUGGGCCUGGUGCAAGUUUGCACUGAAUAACACUGCUACCAGUAUGGAAAGUUCCUCACUGUUUCUGUUUGUUUUUUGCAGUUAUGGUACAAUUGUGCUAGUAUAUUAUAAUGUAUAAUGUCACCAAAGCACAGUCCUCGUGAUGCUAAUAGCCUUUUCGUGCAAUUUGUUUCAUGUUCCAUUCUUGCGAUGCUGUGAAAAAUUAUUGCAUUUUUUGGCAAGGACCAUCUUCAAUUGUUAGAAAUAGAGGUUUCGAGGUAACCUUUUUUGCCCUUAAUUCAUAGCAGUCGUAGACAUCAGACAUGGUAUGAUAUUUAGUUUACUUAUUUUUAGGGGUCUACGAAUAUUCUAAAUUUGGAAUAUGCAUUGAACAGGGCGUUUGCUAUUAGAUCUGUAUUUGAUUUGAGUAUUUGCCAUUUGUACUUAUUGAAUAUUCGCUUCUGUUGGAAUAUGAGACAUAAAGAUAUUGGAGUUUUCAGUUAGAAAGCCAGUGAUCCAAGUGGUGGCUGUUCCAAAUGAUUGUGCUGCAGGAGAGUCACGGUUGUUGCGCAGUGACACCAGUUCCUGAACAAACGCACGGGGCAGAUAACUUCUGUUCUAUAGCUUCCAAUCAUUCACUAAGAAGCCUUGCCCUGAUGUAGCCUACAAAUGUGUUGUCUAGAUUUAGGCAAUGGAAUUUAUUAUUUAGCCAGGCUCGCCGUGUUUUUAUUACUUUAAAGCAAUCGGUGGUUCUGAGGUAUUACAUUUAGCUCCUUCAAUUGACACCCUAUGUGCAUCUGGUGACAAGCUGUUCCUUUGUGUCAGUACUGUCAUGUCAUGCACAAGGUAUUGUCAUUUUUCAGUUUGUCAUUUACAAGCACCUCAGUAGACAAAUGUCCAGUUAUGAACAGCCUUAGUACAAGUAUCAAAUAGUGUAAAUAAGCGUCUCUAUUAUCAAAGUGGCCAGCACGCAAACUUUAUAUUCCACUUUGUUUACAAAUAAGAAAGUACUCUGAUUGGAUAUUCAAAGGUUGAUUUUUCUCUAAUAUUCCUAUUCAAUUCAAUUUUGUAAUUUCACUACUUGGAUGCACCUAACAAUUUUCACUAAUUCACUUUUGAUUAACGGUUUCAGCAUACGUGUAAUUUUUGAGCUUGAGGUGGCUAGUGCUUAAUGUACACUUAGCAGGAAUCCUUUGGCGUUUUUCAUAUAAUAUUCCCACAAAGCCUUCCUCAAGCAAUGCAGGCCAAAAACUACAUGAAUCGGCAAUGUACUUAUUUAGUGGCUUUCGAGACAGAUACCUUGGAAAUGUUGCUAGUCUCAGAAUUCCUACUGAGUGGACAUGCCUUGACCACUGAGCAAUCUACUAAAGGUUACAGCCUCAGUAUAAGGAAUUAUCGGAUAUAACAAACAAAAAUCUAAGAUGUUAAUUGUCGAUAUCGCUAUGGAACAAAUUUGUGAUACAAUGAAGGUAGUUUCGUGUAAAAUGUGAUUUCGUUACUUAAAGCGAAGUUAUCACACAUUUCCUGAUCUCUACUUCUGCUAUGAAUUUUGGUCAUCAAAAACUAUCAUCUUUGUCUCUAGCACCCCAGUUUUAUAUCAUUGGAGACGGUUGUUGCUGAAACACCCUGUGCAUUAGAAAGGGCUCUGCUGCACACCGCAGCAGCACCUCUGGUAAAGCUGCGGCCUGUUAGGCGCCGGCAUUUUUCUGAACAUGUUGUGAUGAUAGCAUUUCUUAGCAGUUCAGCAGAAUCUUUUUCUGGAUGCAUUGGUACAUACUUGUAAAUGAACAGGAAACCAGCGAAAAAAAAUAUGCUUGUCGAACGUCUUUAAGUCCAGGGUUCAUUCUGUCCACUUCUUCCUUUGUGUAUGCAUCUUCUUUGCUGGUUUCUUGUUUAUUGUGUAGCAGCCAUCUAAGUUUAGCUACUGCUUAGUUCGUAAUGUUAUUCAAAAUUGCACCAUCCUCGGGUGACCUCAGAUUUACACCUUCACUCAGUAUUGAAGCAGUGGUAUCGUCAGUGCAAGAAAAUUGCAGGCAAAGGGUGGAAUUGACUGGCACAAGGCAAGGAUAAUUGGAGAUUGCUGGGCGAGGUCUUCGUCCUUCACUCGACAUAAAUUAUGCUGAUGAUGAUCUUCACUGAAAAAAAUUUUAGAGGUGCUUCAUCAAAGACUUUUAAAAUGCAGAGUAAUAGAAAUAGAGAGGUGAUGUUCUUGCUAUACAUCAUUUGUAGCAGAGGAUGUUGUUAGGAUAUUGCGUGUUAAUCACUAACUGAUUAACUAAUUAAGUAAAAUUCACUCAUUUACUCAUUUAAGAAAGAUGUAAUUGCAAAAUUGAAGAUGCUUAGAUCAUACAGCCCACUCAUUGGCUAGACGUCCUGUGCCCUGCACCAGUUUUGAGAAAGGUGUGCUCAAAAUCAACGGCUAAAUGCAUUGUGGUGUUAACACUUAUCAGCGCUCCCCUUUUUUUUUUUUUUCAGGGAACUGAUAUGUGUUAAAAAAAACAGCCAAGCACUUGUAGCAUAGCAUACAGUUUUUAUGGCAUAGUUCUCAGAACUGGUGCGAGGCACAGGGUGUCCAUAAAAUAAUUGGGCUUUAUUAUCUAAAUAGCUUCAGUUUUGCAUUUCAGUAUAUCCUAAGCUAGUUGAAUUAAAGUUAAUGAGUGAAAUUUAGUUUGUUAGUUCAUCAAUUGAUAUUUAUCAAAUAAACCCUAAUGUCUGCCGCUGCAAAUGGUUUGUUGUAAAAAACAUCAUUGCUUAAUAAUUGCUCUACAUUUCAUAAUCACUUCAGUGAAACACCCAGUAUAUCCUCAUAUGCACAGUUUGAGCAUAUAAUGCUUUGUUGAAACAUUUUUGUACCAGUGCCUCUGCAUUCUUCAUUUUUGCUUGUGUGAAGAAUGUUCCCGAGAUGGCUACUGCCUCACUCAUAAAGAGAUCUGCGUACAGUGUGGUCUACUGUUAAAGGGAACACAUGAGUGUAGGGCAUGUGUGAAUAUUUGCUUCUGGCAAGUGUACAAUUGCUCAAUUACAAUUGCAAUUCACUUUUAGUUGGUGACGCUGGCACAUUUCUGCCCACCUGUGUGCUGUACGUGCAUUGACAUAGCUUAAAUCUUCACUUGCAGCAUGAACACCAGUGAACUAAGAUCCACACAUUCCUUUAACAGUGGACAGGCACUGUAUAAGUACCAUGCGAAACUUGCAGUUCAGUGUUUUUUAUAAACCUUUUCAGGGCUUAAUUGUGGCCUCCUGUUUGUAAAGAACUGGGAUUUUUAUGCAGCAAGGGUUCAUAUUUCCGAGAAAAAUAUCUUGCUGGGUGCCAAUUUUGGGCUCAGCCAUUUGAAGAAGUUAACAGAAGUCAUCACUUGCUCUUGGUCAAAUGCCUUUAGGCAUUUAACGUGAGGUCGCGCGUUUGAGUCCCUGGCCACAGCGGCUGCAUUUUGAUGGGGCCAAAAUGCGAGAACACUUGUGUACUUAUAUUGUUAAGGAAUCCUAGGUGGUCAAAAUUAAUCUGGAAGCCGGGUUGAGUCAUGGCGUCGAGUGUUGCUUUGACAUGUUGAAUCCAAUGAAUGAAUGAAUGAAUCAAUCAAUCAUUGCGGUCUAGGAAGAAACACUGAGUAUUAGGUAGCACUGACCUGGCCAAACAUUCACCUAUGAACCAUGUUUCUGAUCAUGCAUCGUGGAGCUUCAUGUGAUAUUACACUAUUGUUUCAUUGCACCUGAUGCUGAUUGUAAACAGCAACAUUUCUUUUUGUUUAGUUUCUUUUUCCCUUCUGCUGCUACUUGAAAUAAAAGGAAUCGAGUUGCAUUAUUACUAGAUUAUUCCUUGGUUAUAGGGAUCAGGAGCAAGAUUUCUAGAAGAGUAGCUUCAGAUGCAGCCAUACGAAGCCAACAACAAAGCCAAGGAACUCAAAAGGGUCGAUUGUCAGCGACUACCAUGUGAAGCCGAAGAAGGCAAGCCUCAGUUCU